AUGUCUUCCCCACAAGUUCCAGCUUUUUGGGGGGACAAGGGUACACUCACCGCAGCCAUAUCUGAUUCUGCUUACCUAGUAAAAGUUCUUUUUUUCUUUGCACUCCUGGUGACUCUGGUCAUUCCACUCAUCCUGGUCUGUAAAGUAACCAUAGACAAGGGCAACAAGAACAGAGAGCUAGACCCAAGAAAAGAGCCAACACUGCUGGCAUAA